ACUUUGUCUCCCACCAACUUGUAGGCAACAACUUACAGGUCCUUCGGGUCCUUCUCAUCCUUUCUCGAAAAUUUAACUUAGUAUGUCGUCGUCAAUGUCUGUCGACGACGUCGCAAACAGUAGAAAAACGAGCUCGGUUGGCGGACUAAGGUUUCAGAAGAAACCCAACAAAGAUGGAUCUGAAGCCACUACCUCUUCAGCAGCACCCAGCAACGUCGCUUUGCCUUCCUUUGUACCUCCUCCUCAGUCUCGAGAUGCUACGGCACCAGCGCGAUACCAUCCCCCCGCGACUCCGUCACGAGGCAUCGUCCUUGUCCCCAAUUCUAGCCCCCUACUUCCAGAUGCAGGCUAUCAUCAGCCUUAUCAACCACAUCAUCUUCAGUACACACAAGGCAGCUCCUCAGCGACCGGUCCUGGUCAGUACAAUCUGUGGAGUCAAUCCGGGCCCUCAACCGUACCCGACGUCCUGUCCUCAUCAAGUGGGUUUGUCCACAGUGGCCCUACUCACGCGUCAUUCACGCGUCCGUCGCGUCCAUGGGCGGGAGAUGUAAGACCGUUAUCAGAAGUCGAUGGUUUGGGGGAUGAAGGUCCACCGAGGAAGCGUAUAAAUCGCGGAACACCCUCCGACGCUCGACCAAUCGGGAUGGUAACCCCUGGUUCUCCCGACAUCCAACGCCCAGGACAAAGGCGGAAACAGAACAUGAGCGCAGAAAGGCAGUCGCAGUCGUCAGAUGAAUCGAUGCUGGAUGUCAGGUCGUCGCUGGAAGGACCCUCGAAGCGGAUCGUUCGGCGCCCAGACCAUGCUGACUCAUAUGAGUUCACGGUAUUCCAGCUGUCGCACCCUGGUCGUGACCUGGCCACCCUCAAGGCUGCUUGGAACGAAGCCAGAGGGAAUGACAACAAGGCAUCCUUGCUCCUCUCUGAUUCGUCAUGGAAGCCCGCACCUGCAUCGACUCCAUCCAGUUCUGCCACUGUUACUAAAGCACCAUCCAUGCCACCACCAGAACCUUCUGCUGUCGAGACUGGGAGAGUGGAAGAGGUAGAUGAAGCUACCAAAGCCAUACGCGCCGCUCUCCGGGAGAAAGCCAAGAAAUCAUCCAUCUACGCUAACAGGGCUACAUUGGAUACCACGCGAUCCCCUGCUGUUACCAACAUCGCCAUACCCAGAGCCAUGUCGCCUACAUCCCCAUCCACGCCUGCCAUUAGAGCCCCACGCCGCAAGCGACCAAAGAAGUUGAUCAUCUCUGACGACGAGGCCGAAGCUAGUGAGAGCGAAGAGGAGCUUCCGCGAGCCAGCCAAAAUGGAGAGAUUUCCAGGGAAAGGACAGCGUUUGAGUAUUUCAACCAGGCCAAUGCAGAUGCUAUUCAAGAAUUAACUGGUUGUACCCCAGAGCAAGCCGAAAAGAUCAUCGAGCUUCGCCCUUAUUCUUCAAUAACGGACCUCAAUACGAAGCUUAACCAAGGCAAGAAAAAGGCAGGACCAUCCGGAAUCAGCCCCCGUAUGUUCGAAGACUGCCAGGAGAUCCUUGCAGGCUAUGACACUGUCGAUGGCAUCCUUCAAGAGUGCGAGAAAAUUGGUUCAACGCUACGUGCUGCUAUUGCCACUUGGACUACGGAAGACUCAUCAAACAAGGGCAAAGGAAAGGAAGCAUCACUGGCCCCGGAUCAGAUCGAGGAAGACUCAUUAAGCCUGCGUUCAUUGAAAAUUUCAAACGAUGCUGCAUCCAAGGGCUACGUCUCAUCUCAACCCUCGAUUAUUGCGGAAGGGAUAACGCUCAAAGACUAUCAACUUCUUGGCAUCAAUUGGUUGUGGCUGCUCUAUAGGAAAAGACACAGUAGUAUUCUAGCCGACGAAAUGGGUCUCGGAAAGACCAUUCAAGUCAUCAGCUUCUUCGCUCUGCUCAAAGAACGUGGAAACUUUGGUCCACACCUCGUCAUCGUUCCAUCAUCAACGCUAGAAAACUGGUGUCGAGAGUUUGCUCGGUUCGCACCCUCGAUAUCAGUGCAGACUUUCUAUGCCGGAAAAGAGGAGCGGGCAAACUUGCGACAGAUGCUGAUUGACACACAGCGGGGAUCAAGCAAGAAUGGGACGGGGUGGGAGGUGUUAAUCACUACCUACAACCUUGCUCAAGGCGACGACAGAGACCGCAAGUUCUUCAGAAAAAUAGAGUGGGACACUAUCGUUUUCGACGAGGGACACGUCUUGAAAAACUUCCAGUCUCAACGUUAUCAGGCGUUGCUCAAAUUUGAGGCGAAAUGGCGACUACUUUUGACCGGCACUCCUUUGCAGAACAACCUUCAAGAGCUGGUGUCAUUGAUGAACUUCAUCCUUCCCGAUAUGCUCUCGGCGAAGCUAGAGACCUUGCGAGCGAUCUUCAAGACGAAGGGUGAUGCCAAAGUUACAUUGCUGUCUCAGGAGCGUAUUUCAAGAGCUAAGAAAAUGAUGACGCCAUUUGUCCUUCGACGGCGCAAGGAUCAGGUUCUUAAGGACCUUCCCCUAAAAACCGAACGGAUAGAAUGGUGUGAAAUGACCGACAUACAGCGAUCGAUAUAUAACGAUGCUCUCCAACGGUCACGCAAAACGAUAUUGGAUGUAGAAGGUCCUACUCCCGACGCAUCUGGUACAUCGACACCAGUCACGAAUGGCAAAGCCGUCAAGAAGAAGACGAAAGCCAAUACCCGUGUCAAGGACAAAUACCUGGAAAACAGCUCCAACGUGCUUAUGGAUUUGCGCAAGGCAGCCUCGCAUCCCAUGUUAUUCCGCAAGCUGUAUAAUGAUCAGGCGUUGUCUUCGAUAGCCAAACAGCUGCUGAAGGAGCCGGAAUUCAAGAAGCGUGGCGCAGUCUUUGAGUACGUCAAGGAGGAUAUGGAAGUCAUGACCGACGCAGAACUUCAGUUAUUUUGUCAGGGCUAUAAGUCCACAAGAAAUUUUCUCCAGGACGAGAAUUGUUAUCUCAAUGCUGGAAAGAUAUCAGUUUUAUUGCGGUUGCUCGAGGAUUAUGGGAAGGAGGAUCGAAAGGUUCUGAUAUUUUCUCAGUUCACGCAGAUACUAGACAUUCUUCAAGCGGUUUUAAAGCUGAAGGACAUCAAGUAUCUAAUUUUGACUGGCUCAACUGCCGUAGAUGUGCGGCAGACGCUUGUGGAUGAGUUCACUGACGACGCAUCGAUACCUGUGUUCCUCCUUUCGACGAAGGCAGGUGGCAUGGGUAUCAACUUGACAGCUGCAAGCGUCGUUGUCAUGUUUGACCAGGACUUUAAUCCUCACAAUGAUCGGCAGGCGCAAGACCGCGCUUAUCGCAUUGGACAGAAGCGAGAUGUCGAUGUCGUGAAGCUUAUCAGUCGCGGGACGAUUGAAGAAGAUAUGCUCAGGCUUGGGGAGACUAAGCUCGCCCUCGACGAAGCGGUAGCAGGAGAAAGCGAGGAAGCUGACGGCGACAAGGGGGCUAGCAAACAGGAAAAAGAGAUCAAGAAGUCGCUCAUGGGUCAGUUGAGGAAACAGUUGGAACGACAGGAGGGAGCUUCCACCGGACCUGGACAAAUACCCGCACCGUCCUCUUAAUGAUUAUCAACAUGCUCUGUUUCCUUUCCAUUCAUUGGUAAUUUUGCUUGCUAUUUACCAUCUUGAUUAUGGUAUGUUAUGUAGAUAUUGAUAGAGUGAGCCGUUUUCGGAUCAUGAUCAAUUAAAAACUGAGAGUCCACGGACAAGACGAUCGAUACUAGCACGGAAAUAAUCAUUGUCGAUACCCUGAGAACGAGAGUCCAUCGAGACGAGAGGGUUGCGGACAACGAAGUCGAGGAAAGGGCCGCUAUAGAUUUGACGAAGGACGAAGCGAAGACCGUCAGUAGCUGCGUCGCUCAACAUGACGAACUUGUAGCCAGAUACGGUUUCAUACAAGUGAAGCCUGUAUACCGAUGUGCGGUAGCUGGUAAACUGCUCGUCU